UGACGUCACGACUGAACAGCUCUAUUUCCGCUGCAUAUAAAGAGUCGACAGUUUCAAUCCAUCACACAUGCAACGGUGGUAGUUAGUUGUUCAGCGGCCUGUCAAUAAAAUAUAUAACAAUGUCGGCAUGUGUUUUGAGAGUGUUUCUCCAGCGUGCGUCUGUGAUGCGUAAAGCGGCGCAACAAACAUUCAGUCAAACGAGAGUGUUUCCUCAAUGCGUGACCGAGAGCAACACACACAGUAGAGGAAUAAACACAUUCAUUAGUUCACUAAGGGCUGAAGAGAAGGUGACCAUUCACUUCCUAAAUCGUGAUGGAAAAAGGAUUUCGGUGAAAGCAUUAACUGGAGAUUCACUACUCGAUGUCGUUGUCAACCAUGAUCUAGAUAUUGAUGGAUUUGGUGCAUGUGAGGGAACUUUGGCCUGCUCUACAUGCCACCUAAUUUUCGAGGAGGAUGUUUAUAAGAAGCUUGGACCUGUUUCUGAUGAGGAAAUGGACAUGCUGGACUUAGCUUAUGGGCUUACAGACACGUCUCGUCUGGGCUGCCAGGUGUGUUUGAGGAAGGAACUGGAUGGGAUGAUUCUGCGUGUGCCAGACGUGAUAUCUGAUGCUCGAGUCGACAGUGAAAAGGAGUCCUCCACAGCCCCACCUAAAGUAUAAUCUGUUAAAUAAAGCCCAACGUAUCUCAUAAACACUGCAAUAUGGAUAUAUCUUUAAUAGCAGGUAUUUUAAUAUGUACUAUUUUAAUAGAAGCCUACAAUUUAAAUGAUAACAUUUAUCGUUUAAUGUUAUUUACAUUGCUGCCAUUAAGUAGUUUUUAUAAUUUUAGUGAUUGUAAUUUUUUAAUUGUGCAGAUUCUGCAAUUCUUUGUGUGACAAUGAGAGCUGGGAGCAUCUUGUUGGUAUGCAUUUUGAAUGCAGAUAUAAUUGUAACUGAUUUGUUGCAAUAAAUAAGAUGUUUAACUUUUUAA